GGCCCCCGCACUCCAUUUUUUGGCUGUUUGUGGAAGCGCCGGUGUGAUGAGUUAUUCUACCACCGCGACCAAACAACGUAAUACUGUGCAAAAGGGAAGAAAACAUUGAGAAGGCUGGGCUGGACUACAGGGCACAGGCAGGGGCACCAACAGGGCCGCAGGCGCAGAGGUGGUUCGCGCCGCGGCAGGCGGAAGGGCAGGUCCUGGAAGGGGCCUUGCGGGCAGCGGCGCCGCGGGCGCGCGCUCCCCCUGCCGGGGCCCCGCGGAGUUGUUCGUGUCCGCGCCCCGCGUGUGUGCGGGCUGAGCGGGCUCCGCGCUCCGGAACCGCCCCCGGCACGGACAGUCGCGGGCUUAGCGCCGCGGGUGUGCGGAGGCCGCCGGCGCUUUCUCCCGGCCUGCACCAUGCCGGCGGUGCUGGGUUUCGAGGGCAGCGCCAACAAGAUCGGCGUGGGGGUGGUUCGCGACGGCGAGGUGCUAGCGAACCCGCGGCGAACCUACGUUACGCCCCCGGGCACAGGAUUCCUCCCAGGUGCUACUGCCAGGCACCACCGAGCUGUUAUCCUAGACUUGCUUCAGGAAGCACUAACAGAAGCUAGAUUGACCUCCCAAGACAUCGAUUGCAUUGCUUACACCAAAGGUCCUGGCAUGGGUGCCCCAUUGGCUUCAGUAGCAGUUGUGGCCCGUACGGUGGCCCAGAUGUGGAAUAAACCAUUGAUAGGUGUGAACCAUUGUAUAGGCCACAUUGAAAUGGGCCGCCUCAUCACUGGAGCCAGCAGCCCAACUGUGUUGUAUGUGAGCGGAGGAAAUACUCAGGUCAUUGCCUACUCUGAACAUCGGUACCGAAUCUUCGGGGAAACCAUCGAUAUUGCUGUGGGUAAUUGUCUGGAUCGCUUUGCUCGAGUGCUGAAGAUUUCCAAUGACCCAAGUCCAGGUUACAACAUCGAACAGAUGGCAAAACGAGGCAAGAAGCUAGUUGAGCUGCCUUAUACUGUAAAGGGGAUGGAUGUCUCAUUCUCAGGGAUUCUGUCUUUCAUUGAGGAUGCAGCCCUGCGGAUGUUAGCAACAGGCGAGUGUACCCCUGAGGAUCUGUGUUUCUCACUGCAGGAAACUGUGUUUGCAAUGCUGGUGGAGAUCACAGAGCGAGCCAUGGCACACUGUGGCUCCCAGGAGGCCCUCAUUGUGGGAGGUGUUGGGUGUAAUGUGAGGCUGCAGGAGAUGAUGCAGACAAUGUGCCGGGAACGCGGGGCCCAGCUUUUUGCUACAGAUGAGAGAUUCUGCAUUGACAAUGGAGCCAUGAUAGCCCAAGCUGGCUGGGAGAUGUUUCAGGCUGGACACAGGACCCCUCUCAGUGAUUCUGGGAUUACACAAAGGUAUCGAACAGAUGAAGUAGAAGUGACAUGGAGGGACUAACAAGAUUAACGAGAUCAGAGUAGGUAGUUCUCUAAGUGGAGCUCCGAGGACUGGGCAUAAUCUCUCUCCUGGUGUGGAAAUCUUGGCAGUGCUGUAGACUCCACGAAAGGCUUGUGGUCUUCUGUAGAACCUCAAGAUGACUCUGCAAUAAAAUAUUUUUGGUUUUGUA